AUGAAGGCCUCUCAGAUUCUCGCCGUCCUCGGCUUCUCCGCCUUCGUCAUGGCGCAGAGCGAGAGCGUCACCUUGGCCCCCUCUCCCACGGCCUCCUACGGCUGCGAAGUUCACGUCGAUCACUGGCAUUGCGAGGGUGCCCGUGCUGCCACCGAGUCCGGAGCCUCCACCCUGAGCACCGCCGUGGCCGCGACCACCUCCGCCGCCGAGGAUCACGACCACGAUGACCACGACCACUCUGGAACUGCUAGUCUUCCCCCUUCUCCUACCGGACGUACAAACUGCCAGCCUCACGGGGACCACUGGCACUGCGACAAGGUGACCAGCACUGCCUCCGGAGCCGCCUCCGGAGCCUCCACCAACGCCGCUGCUACGACGACUGCUGCUGCCACUACCACCGCUGCUGCCUCUGGUGCCUCCGGUGCCGACGCCAGCUCGGCUCCCUCCACCACCGCCGUCCCCGCCGGAGCUGCCCGCGCCGGCUUCGGCGCCGCUGCCGUGGCCGCCGCCGCCCUGAUGGCCCUCUAA